AUGUUUCAUGAUGCUUUCGAGAGACAGUAUUUCCCUGCUACCUUUUGUCUUGCUCGUCGCCAGGAGUUUCUGAACCUCAAGCAAGGCGAUCGUUCAAUAUUGGAGUACAAUGCAGAGUUCAGUAGGUUGGCUGAAUUUUGUCCUCAGCUAGUGGCACAGGAUUACGAUCGGAUGCAUCAGUUUACUCAGGGCCUUGCUGCAUACAUUCGGAUCCGAAUGUUAGGUUUUCCAGGUAGUUCCUAUCGGGAGGUGUUGGAUCGUGCACUAUUUAUCGAGAUGACGCAGCAGCAGGUGUCUCUAGAGAAAGGUAAUGAAAAACAGCUGUCUCAGAAGAGAGGAAAUAGGAGCCAGGGUUCUCGGGCUCCUUCCGGAGGAUCUUCUCGGCCUCAGAAGACGGGGCGAACGACGGAUGGAGGUUCUCGACCCUCUCGUGGUGACCGGAAGGACUUUCGGGGAAUCACGUGUUUUCAGUGUGGUUCCAAAAGUCACGCCAGGAACAACUGUCCGUUGGAUCAUGCUAUAUGUUUCUACUGUAAACUUCCAGGCCAUGAGAGUCGGAAUUGUACCCUGAAAGCACAGUUGGAGACUCCUAAAGUCACAUCUCAGGGGGAACAACCCUCACAGUCAUGA